AGGAACCUUGCCCCUUUCACGAGGAUCCUUAACAAGCUCUGCGGAUUGCCAAACCAGACUUCCACUAAUUCUCCACCAUAAGGACAGCUGUGUCACUUGAAUUAGCAGGUGAUGAUGAGCCUUGGGUGGCCCCUAAUUCGAUCCAUGGGGAGAAAUGAGUGUAGCGGAUUUGCAUGCUGUAACACGCUCCAUCCCAGAAUAUUCUUUGAUGACUCACCAAAAUAAAGGCCAAUUUAAUUAAAACGAACACAGAAGUGUGGAAAAAUAAAGGGCAAAAGAAGUUCCAAGGAAGCUGGUUAUCUCUUCGGAGGAAAACUUCCUCUAGGGGCUGUAGCCAAAACAGUUUUUAACAGAGUGCUCUUAGGUAGUUUCAUUCCAAGCAUCAUGACAAAGGUCAUGUUGCCUCUUCCGCAUCUGCUCUCCUAAGCCUUCCUCCCUCCCCUCAAGCCUCCUCUGCAGCAAACCUCCUGGCCUCUAGCCUGGGGGAGAAGAUGAAGCCACCUGGAACCCUACACUUGGCUCUUUUCCUCCGGUUUCAGACAAAGGCAGCCUCUCUCCAAUUUACUGCUGGUGCCUCCUGUUGUGCUGUUCAUCCAAAUGUAUCCUCCAGGAGCUGGUUCCAAGGCCUCAGUCUUGUUGCUGCUUAUUCCCGUGACUCUACUCUUUUGCUGGGAAACCAAGCCAUCAGACCAAAACAAACAGAUGGAGUUAGGAGGCCUGAAGCUCUUCCUCAGCCCCCGGCCUUUCUUCUUGUUCUUCUUCGGCAUUUGCAGGAUGCUAGACGCAGACUCGCCAAGGAAGCUCUGUGGUCAAGUUCACCAGAGGAAAAAAAAUGUCAGGUUGACCAGAUGGACCAAAACGCAUUGGUUUAGCUACCUUUGUACCCUCAGCUCUUCCACUGGACCAGAUCCAGACCUGGUCAUGAAGAGACAGGAUGAGGACCAAGUGGCCCAGAUGGUGCUGGAAACAAGAGGAUCACAUUGAGUUUAGGCCUGAUUGGCACUAAAGAACAAGAAGUGAUUGAGCCACGGUUACACCAGAGGAAGGGCUCCCUGGGGCUGUGAUGUGAAGAAAGGAAUCACAGGUCAGAGAGCAAAGCCUGAGGCCGCACUGUUGGGAUGGCAAGGCGUGUAUGAAGUUUAAAGUGCACCCAGGAAGCAAGCCUUGCAUGGCGCACACGUCUAGUCACAGACUGUGACUCCAGCUGUUCUUGUCCUGUCCAGAAGCAGGAGGGGCCAGGGGAAGAUGAGAGUUCCUACGCCCUGGCUCUUCUCCUUCUUCAUGAUCACCGAGGGCUGGAAUGGCUUCCUGGGGAGUGAUGAUGGCAUCAAAACAAAGCAAGAACUCAUUUUAAAUAAGAAAAAGCCUCUAGGUCCAAUCCAGGAAUACGAGCUGCUGCUUCAGGUAGCCUAUCGAGAUUCCAAGGAGAAAAGAGACGUGAAGAACUUUCUGAAGCUUUUGGAGCCUUGCCCUGUUUUUGGGCCGGUGAAGAUUAUCAGAGCAAAGGCCACCACGUACUGUGGCAUCCAGAACGGGGUCCUGCGCUGUGCCUGUGACGACGGCUACUCCUGGUUUCCUCCCUCAUGCCUUGAUCCCCAGAAAUGCUACCUUCACACAGAGGGAUCUCUCCAGAGCUGUGAUUGUCAUCUCAACAACCUCACCCAGAGUGUCCAUUUCUGUGAGAGAACAAAGGUUUGGGGUACUUUCAAAAUUAAUGCAAGAUUUACAAAAGAUCUUUUGGAUUCAUCUUCUGCUAUAUACUCCAAAUAUACCACUGGAAUUGAAAUUCAACUUAAAGAAGCAUACAAAAGUAUCCAAGGUUUUGAGUCAGUUCAAGUCACCCAGUUUCGUCAUCACUGUAGAAAUGGAAGCAUCAUUGCUGGGUAUGAAGUUGUUGGUUCCAGCAACACAUCUGAACUGCUGUCAGGCAUUGGGCAGGCAGCUAAGAAGGCUAAGAUGGGCCUGCAUCAGCUGUUUCCACUAGAAGACAACUCUUUCAGAGUGUUCGGAAAAGCCCAGUGUAACAGCGUAGUCUUUGGAUUUGGGUCUACGAAUGAUGCGUAUACUCUUCCCUGUAGCAGCGGCUACUCCGGAAGCAUCACGGCCAGGUGCCAACCCUCUGGGUGGCAUGUCCUCAGGGAGACGUGUGUGCUCUCCGAGCUGGAAGAACUGAAGAAGAAUUUCAGUGUGAUUGCCAGCAACGCCACUGAGGCAACCGUGUCAUCCUUGGUGCAGAAUCUUUCAAUGGUCAUUCAGCAAAACCCAUCAACCACAGCUGGGGAUCUGGCUUCUGUGGUGUCAAUUCUGGGCAAUAUCUCAUCCCUGUCCCUAGAAAGACACUUCAGUGUGUCCAGUUCGACAAUGGAGAAUGUCAUCAGUAUAUCUGACCACAUCCUUAAUUCUACCUCGGUAACCAACUGGACAGUGUUACUUCAGAGAGAAAAGAAUGCCGGGUCCCAGGUCCUGGCGUCACUGGAAAACAUCAGUGUUCUGGUCCCUUCGACAGCUCUGCCUCUGGAAUUUUCUCGAGAAUUCAUUAACUGGAAAGGGAUUCCAGCAUCCUCAAAUCAAAGCAAUUUGGGUUACAACUAUCAGACUGAAAUGUUCCUAAAAAACCCCUCCAUUCCCAUCAGAGGCCAUGCAUUAAUUAGGUCACACCAAUUCCAGGAGCCCCUUCCAGAAACUAUCAUCAGCAUGACCUCCUUGACCCUGGGGAACAUUCUACCUGCUGCCAAGAAUGGAAAUGCUCAGGUCAAUGGGCCCGUGAUAUCCAUGGUUAUCCCAAACUACUCCAUCAAUGAAAUUUUCCUGACUUUUUCCAAGAUAGAAUCAAAUCUGAGCCAGCCUCAUUGUGUGUUUUGGGAUUUCAACCAUUCGCAGUGGAACGAUAAUGGCUGCCACCUAGUGAAUGAAACUCCAGACUCGGUGACGUGCCGCUGUACUCACCUGACCUCCUUCUCCGUGCUGAUGUCACCCUCUGUCCCCCCUGACAUUGUUCCCGUUGUGAAAUGGAUCACCUUUGUGGGACUGGGGGUCUCCAUCGGAAGUCUCGUCUUAUGCCUGACCAUCGAAGCUCUGUUUUGGAAGCAGGUCAACAGAAGCCAAACCUUGCACACGCGUCACAUUUGCAUGGUGAACAUAGCCCUGUGCCUCCUGAUCGCAGACAUCUGGUUUAUUGUCGCUGCCUCCGUGCGCACCACGGCGAACCCGUCUGGAGUCUGCACAGCUGCAGUGUUCUUUACACACUUUUUCUACCUCUCCUUGUUCUUCUGGAUGCUUCUGCUCGGCUUCCUGCUGGCUUAUCGGGUUAUCCUGGUGUUCCACCACAUGACCACGCCUUUGUUGGUGGCUGUCGGGUUCUGCCUGGGCUAUGGGUGUCCUCUCAUUAUAUCCAUCGUCACCAUUGCGGUCACACAACCCAGCAAUGGCUAUGAAAGGAAAGAUGUGUGUUGGCUUAACUGGUCCGAUGGGAGCAAACCUCUCCUGGCCUUUGCGGGUCCCGCCCUGACUAUUGUGGCUGUGAAUCUGGUGGUGGUCCUGUUAGUUCUCACGAAGCUCUGGAGGCCCGCUGUUGGAGAAAGGCUGACUCAGGACAGCAAGGCCACUGUCGUCCGCGUGGGGAGGAGCCUUCUCGUUCUGACCCCCCUUCUAGGGCUCACCUGGGGGUUUGGCAUAGGAACAAUGGUUGACAGCCGGAAUAUGGCCUGGCACGUUAUUUUCGCGUCACUCAAUGCAUCCCAGGGCUUUUUCAUCUUAUGUUUUGGAAUGCUCUUGGAUAGUAAGCUGCGACAGCUGCUACUCAACAAGUUGUCUCCUUUAAGCUUUUGGAACCAAGCAUCAAAGCAAAACUCAUCAGAUUCAUCUGUCAAACCCAGAUUCAAAAAGACUUUCAACCCAUUCCAACACAAACGCAACUAUGUACUUUCUUAUACUGGAGAGUCCUCAAACGACAUCACGCUAACUCAGUUUUCAUCAACUGAAUAAAACCGGGAACCCUAAAAUCAAGGAAAAUUUUUUGGAGCAAAUUGACAUUAGAGCUAAAUGUCAGUGAAGAAAUCAUGCUCAAUAUUCAAUGGAUUUUUCUGAUUUCGGAGUCUGAGAAUAUAAUAAGGAACUCUCAGCAGUUUCAUGACAGCCAUCUUUAUCUUCAAUUAAAUGGAGAGAUUUACUUCCAUGG